CUGCUCGGCACACUGGAUUCUGCAGUGCAUUGGGAAAGUGCAAUGGGUUAGAGCUCUUCAAAUGAUGGACCAAUAAAUGUUGCUGUUGAGUGGGAACGUCAAUAAAAUGCUGCCUUGGAAGAAGAAUAAGUUUGAUCUGAUUGAGGAAGACAAGCAGUCCAAGCAGAAGGGCUAUGCGGUGAGUCUCAACUACUCUGCGCUCACCUCGUUCGCCAAGUCCUGCCCCGAGAGCGCACUCAACAGGGUGGGCAGCAUGUUCAAGUCUAAGAGGAAAAAGGUCAAGAUCACCAGCGAGGACCCCACGUACACGGUGCUCUACCUGGGGAACGCCACCACCAUCCAGUCCAAAGGGGACGGCUGCACGGACGUGGCGGUGAGCAAGAUCUGGGGCAAGAGCGAGAUGGGCAAGAACGGCACCAAGAUGAGGCUGACCGUGAGCUCGCAGGGCAUCCGGAUGGUGCAUGUGGACGACAAAGCUAGGAGGCCGGGACACUUGUACCUGCUGCACAGGAUAACCUACUGCGUGGCGGAUCCGCGGCUGCCCAAGAUUUUCGCUUGGAUUUACCGGCACGAGAUGAAGCACAAAGCCGUGAUGCUGCGCUGCCACGCGGUGCUGGUGUCCAAGCCGGAGAAGGCGAAAGCCAUGGCGCUGCUGCUGUACCAGACCUCAGCCACGGCGCUGUCCGAGUUCAAGAGACUCAAACGGAGAGACGACGCCCGGCACCAGCAGCAGCAGCUCAUAGGGGAGCACACCAUCCCCCUGGUCCCGCUCAGGAAGCUGCUGAACGGACAGUGUUGUUACAAACCCCCGGUGGAGCGCAGCCGGAGCGCACCCAAGCUGGGCUCCAUCACAGAGGACUUGGUCGGGGAGGAGGAGGAGGAGAAAGCCAUGCACUUUGAGUGCGAGGACAUUCUGGACACAGACCGCGAUUGUGUUAACGGCAAACAGGAGCUGACUCAGAUUAUUAAUGAUUUGGGAGAGAUGAGCAUAGGAAACGACGUGCAGACUCUGAAAGCUGACCUCAGAGUCACCAGACUUCUUUCUGGGGAGAGCACGGGGAGUGAGUCCUCCAUAGAGAGCAACCAGGAACCCCCUGCGCACAACAACGGACUUGAGGAGAUCAAGGUGGUGGAAAUAGCCUAAAGACAAUUAUGUUAAUGUUUUUUUAAUUGAUUUUUUUUAGCUACAAUGUCUCCACAUGCACCGUUUUCAUCUGUUGGGAGUGUUUGUCUGGUCUGAGCCUCCAGGACUGAGAUCAUAAGAUUCUGGAGCUCCUCCUGCACACAGCUAGGCAACAGGAAUGACAGACACAGGGAAGUGGAAAUGCACAUUUGAGAAACGACCAAGACAAAACCCAGUGACUCAGGACUCACUACAGUAAAUCUAAUUCUUUAAUGUAAAUGGAUUUGUUGUAGCAACACAUUUGUUUACCUAAGGUUUUUGUGUGUCACACACUUGAAAUGGCAUUUUUCAGCGGAAACAUGCACAUCCUGAUCCAAACACAGCAUUUCCUUUUUGUUCUAAGGCGCUUCUGCGGGUCUAAACAAGCACCCAGAGGUUUCCUGUCCUGGCUCUUCGGAGACAGGCUGCUUGUUUGUCUUACUUUUGCACUGUCGUGUUGACUACAAUGUACAUAAUGUUAUGUCGGUAUGUUGCCCGGAACAUAAGUGUCAUAUCUUUGCUGUGCAAAAGAAAAACACCUUUAUGUAUUGAGAAGAAAAAAAGAUAGAUGGUAUUUUUUUUAAAAAGAAAUAUCAAAUGUGGUUUGAUAUGUAAACCUCAUGGAAUUCUCAAUAAAAAAGAAAAGUAUA